GUCAGGCAGAACACAUUGAGUCUGCAUCCAGCACAGCGCUGAUCGGAAACACCGGUCAACGGUGAGGAUUAUGACUACAAGUAACCACAGUCCAACUUAACGUCGCCUUAAUAUCAACUUUAACUGACUUUUGCAGCAUUCUGUUACCGCAGUGUGUUACAUUGUUUGUAAAGCCCAAGUGUACGGAAGUUAGCCUGAAGAUUGAGCUUGGAAGAUGUCUGUGGUGGGGUUUGACUUGGGCUUUCAAAGCUGCUAUGUCGCUGUAGCCCGAGCUGGUGGGAUUGAGACGGUCGCCAACGAGUUCAGCGAUAGAAGCACACCGUCGUUUGUCUCAUUUGGACCACGGAAUCGAGCCAUAGGAGCUGCUGCAAAGAGCCAGGUGGUGACUAACUGCAACAACACGGUGCAGGGCUUCAAGCGAUUCCAUGGCCGCGCCUUUUCCGAUCCCUAUGUUCAGUCAACCAAGACGAACCUGGUGUACGACCUUGCACAGAUGCCCUCUGGAUCCACUGGUAUUAAGGUGAUGUACAUGGAGGAGGAGAAGGUGUUCAGUGUUGAGCAGGUUGCUGGCAUGCUGCUGACCAAACUGAAGGAGACGGCUGAGAGUGACCUGAAGAAACCAGUGGCCGACUGUGUCAUCUCUGUUCCCUGCUUUUUCACCGAUGCAGAGAGAAGGUCUGUCAUGAACGCCGCCCAGAUUGCUGGCCUCAACUGUCUACGACUAAUGAAUGAGACCACAGCCGUGACUCUGGCUUAUGGCAUCUACAAGCAGGACCUACCGGCUCCGGAAGAGAAGCCCAGGAUUGUUGUGUUUGUUGAUGUGGGCCACUCUGGUUAUCAGGUGUCAGUUUGUGCCUUCAACACGGGAAAGCUUAAGGUCCUGGCGACGGCGUUUGAUUCAGAGCUCGGUGGGAAGGACUUUGACAACAUCCUGGUCAGCCACUUCUGCGAGGACUUUGCCAAGAAGUACAAGUUGGACGUGAGGUCCAAGCCUCGCGCGCUGGUGCGGCUCUACCAGGAGUGUGAGAAGCUCAAGAAGCUGAUGAGCGCCAAUUCCUCGGACCUGCCUCUCAAUAUCGAGUGCUUCAUGAAUGACAUCGACGUGUCCAGUAAGCUUAACAGAGGCCAGUUUGAGGAAAUGUGUGCAGGGCUGCUGGCCAAAGUGGAGGGCCCCCUGCGCAGCGUCAUGGAACAAGCGAAGCUGAGGAAAGAAGAUGUCUAUGCGGUGGAGAUCGUAGGCGGCGCCUCCAGAAUCCCCGCCAUCAAAGAACGAAUCAGCAAGUUCUUCGGCAAAGAGCUGAGCACCACUUUGAAUGCAGAUGAGGCAGUGGCCAGAGGCUGUGCGCUGCAGUGCGCAAUCUUGUCUCCGGCCUUCAAAGUCAGAGAGUUCUCCAUCACAGACGUCGUCCCUUACAGCAUCUCUAUUAAAUGGAACUCGGCAGCAGAGGAAGGACUGAGUGAUUGUGAGGUUUUCCCAAGGAACCACGCAUCUCCCUUCUCCAAAGUGUUGACCUUCUACCGGAAAGAGCCCUUCGUCCUUGAAGCGUACUACAACAACCCCAAGGAGCUGACCUACCCCAACACCUCCAUAGGACAGUUCCUUGUCCAGAAUGUUGUCGCUCAGACAUCAGGAGAAAGCGCAAAAGUCAAGGUUAAAGUUAGAGUCAACGUUCACGGUGUGUUCAGUGUAUCGAGUGCCUCGCUGGUAGAGGUCGUGAAAACGGUGGAUGGCGAGGAGCCGAUGGAGACUGACCAGGCGGUGAAGGAAGAGGAGAACAAAAUGCAAGUUGACCAGGAGGAUCAAAAACCAGAUCCUGGUGAAGACAAGAAAUGUGAGCCAGAAGAGAUGGAGACAGCAACAGAGGACGGCAAGCAGGAAAAGAAGAACGACCAGCCACCUCAGGCCAAGAAACCAAAAGUGAAAACAAAAACGGUGGAGCUGCCCAUAGAGAGCAAUUUGUACUGGCAGCUGUCCAGUGAUGUGCUAAAUGCAUUUGUGGAGAAUGAGGGGAAGAUGAUUAUGCAAGAUAAGCUGGAGAAGGAGCGCAACGACUCCAAGAACAACGUGGAGGAAUAUGUGUAUGAAAUGAGAGACAAACUGUACGGCUCCUUGGAGAAGUUUGUCAACGAAGCGGAUCGUGAUGCAUUCUCCUUGAAGCUGGAGGACACAGAGACUUGGUUGUAUGAGGACGGAGAGGACCAACAGAAGCAAGUUUACAUCGACAAACUCGCAGAACUGAAGAAAAUCGGGCAGCCUAUUGUUGAGAGAGCCUUGGAGGCCGAGGAGAGGCCGAAAGCAUUCGAGGAGCUUGGCAGACAAAUCCAAAUGUACAUGAAGAUCACUGCCGCCUAUAAGGCAAAGGACGAGCAGUAUGACCACUUGGAUGAGCUGGAGGUGACCCGGGCGGAGAAGCAGGUGAACGACGCCAUGGUGUGGAUGAAUGGCAAGAUGAACCUGCAGAACAAUCAGGACCUCACGCUGGACCCUGUGGUCAAAGUGAAGGAGAUCCAGGCAAAGUCCAAGGAACUUUACGCAGCAUGCAACCCUGUCCUGUCAAAGCCCAAGCCCAAAGCCGACCCACCAAAGGAGAAGUCCGAAAACGGGCCUGCCAACGGACAGGAGGGUACAGAGAACCAGUCCCCCAACUCGGACAAAAACCCACCUGCAGGCACGGAGCAGAAAACGGCAACAAGCAAGCCUCCUGAAAUGGACAUUGACUAACUUUUGUAUCCAAACGUCGCUCUUCUGAGAUCGGUCUUGGGGAUCCAGCAGCCGCACCACUUAAGGACACAAAGAGCAGCAUCCCUUAUCAGCAUCCCUUCUGUCAUUUCUUAACGAUUACCAAUUAGUUAAUCUGUGUGUUUAUUACUGAGUAGUCACACAGCAUUUAUACAGUAAAUAUGUUUGCAGAACAUCUUACUGAGGUAUAAAUACUAUUUCAAAGAAUGUGGAUUGUUCCAGAGUUCUACAUCAUGUUUGCAUUUGAAUCCACAACUACUGGAUGGUUUGUAUUUAGAUUCAAAGGAAAUUAUUUGUAUUUGUGCUGCGUUCUACAGCUUAUGGUCAUGCAGGUUUUCAUUGUAUGGCAUUGGUUGAUUAGUUCUCUGGUAGCCUCGUCAUUUUUUUCCACAUCAUAUUGUGAAUUCUGGUCCAGAAAAUCACCUUUCAGGUGCUGCUAUGUUGCCACGUCACCAUCAUCCGUUAAAAAGAAAAAAUAAAUCUCAAGGACUACAAAACAAGUGCUAUAUGGAGACAUUUGUCGCAAGACCUUUGAUUUGACUUCAUUUUAAAUACAGUAAAACUAAAUACUGUAGUAGUACUAUAUUAUAUACUGUACUGUAGUACAAGUAGUACUGAUCUUUGUGAUAGUAGUUAAAAUUGGUGGUCAUAGGGUUUUGUGAUACAUGACUGAGAAAUAUAUUGCAAAUGUACUCAUACUUUUUUAUAUUAUUUGGCCGAACCAAAACAACCAAAUCGCAAUGCUAGGAUAUUGUAAAAUUGUGUUUUCUGGAAGUAAAGGUGAUGUCAAAUCAACUGUGGGUGGCAGUAAAUGUUAGAAGUAAAGGCAUUUUAAGUUGAAAUGACAAAAAAUUGGCAUGGCAAAAUAGUACUCUAAUCGAGGCAAAACCUAUUUCAAUUAACACUGUCAAAAUGUAUCUUUUACAACUCCGCUUGGUGAGUAACCUCUGACACAUCCUCCAGCCAGCAGGUGUCGCUGUGGCAAAUCAAGCACUGUAAUGUUAAUAAUGGGAUAAUGGGAAUUUCAGCUCUUUUCAGGGAGCCGUUUCUUUUUGCGCGGCAGGCUUAUUAGAGCGGGCAAUUUAGGUUCCCUAGUGACUCCUCAUGUUGCUGAAAUCGGUUUAUUACCAAAAUACAGUAAUUCAUUCAUUCGUUUUCUGUGCCUCUUAAUCCUCAUUAGCGCCAGCCAAUCAC